AACCAGUGGAAUUCGCCAGCUUAGGCUUGCUUGCAGUUGCAUUUGUGAGCAUGUCUUCAGCAGAUCUUGGGAUAAGAAAAUUGGGCUAUGAAAGUCUUGAAAUAUAUCUGGAUGCCCUUGAGGAAAAACAAGCAUGUAACAGGGCUUAGGCUUCUGCUGAUGUAUGUACAAAAUGGAGUUGAGGAACCAUGGCAAAGAAUCCCAACUGUUUCUGCUAUUUUUGCCGCUGAGGCAUCUCUGAUAUUGUUGGAUCCUUCUCACGAACAUUAUGUUCCCAUAAAUAAACUUUUGAAGAGCUCAUCUACACUGAAGCUGAGGGGAAUACCUUUGUUUCACGAUUUUUUCUGGAGCAGCACUGUUAACUUUAGAUCACAGAGAUUUUGGGAACUACGCCUAGUGUGUGCAGGCUUGAAAUCAGAUGAAGAUGCUCAAAUUUACAUUAGAAACUCCAUCCUCGAGACAGUGAUGAGUUUUUCUUCAUCCCCUCUUGCUGAUGAUGAAACUAAAGGACUAAUCCUUCAGGUUGUGAGGAAGUCGGUCAAAUUCCAUAAGAUGGCCCGGCAUCUAGUUGAAAACUGUGGUCUGUUUUCAUGGUGUUCAGCAUUUAUCUCAACGUUUACUACAAAGCCCACUGGAGACGAAGAUUUGCGCUUGGUAGUUAUCUUGGAGGUCAUAACUGAUGUUCUCGCCUCCAGAAACGUUACAGAGUGGUUGCAACGAUGUGGCCUUGAAGGGCUAAUGGAAAUCUCAUCGCGUUUAUACAGACUUUUAGGUGGUGGACUGGUAUCAGUACAAGAAAAUGGUACUUCAGUUGAUUUAAUUUUGCAGAUACUAUCAGCUACUCUGAAGAUUUCACAGAAACGAAAAAUGUACCAGCCACAUUUCACCAUCACAAUCGAGGGAAUAUUCCAACUCUUUGAGGGUGUUGCUAAUUCUGGUUCUCCUCAAGUCGAAGAUAGUUCAGAGCAUGGGCUUAUUACUAUACUAAUGAGCAGCCCGCCAGUUGACAUAAUUGACAUGGACGUGGACAAGUUGAGAAGGUUUCUUUUGUGGGCGACCUCCACAGCCUUAAAGUGUGACCAUAAAAGGGUACCCAGUGAGUCUCAUCACGAUACUAAAAAAAUCACUGAAGAACCAGAAGAGGAGACUAUGAUAGCAAAGUUUCUACGCUGGCUGUUGGCUUCAGUGAUUCUUAGGAAGCUUUAUUCGAAAGCUAAUCAUUCGGACUCGACAGUCUUAAGUAAAACAAAGCCAAAAACGUUGUUGAAUUUGUUAGAAUACUUCAAGAAAAGGAAUCUCGAAGACAGCAUGAAAAUUUCAGAGCACAUAAUAGAGGAAGUAAUCGUUUAUCUCCAAAAGCAUCUUCUGUGUACAAACUACAGGGUUCUUCUUCCCUCCGUUGUAUUUGCACUUUCUCUCAUGCUUCUUCACAAUGACCUCGGGACGGAAGAUCCCAAUGACGAUUACAAGCUCAUCAAAUCUUUGUGUUCUAAAAUUAGUAGUCCUCCUGAGGCUAAUCCGGGCUGGAGAUGGUCAUAUUUUCAAGCGUGGUGGGAUCUUUCAUCAGAACAAGCCACAGAUCUGGACAAGAUUGAUGAACUUCAUGCGUGCCAACACCUUUUGCUGAUAUUCUCUGAUAUGCUUGGAGAAACGCCAGGGGAAUCUCAACAGGUGUUGCUUCGUAAAGAUUUUGACAUCUCCCAUGUAUUAGAAUGGGAGAGAAGUUUAGUUGAGACCUAGUCAUUGACUUUGUAGGAUUGUUUUAUCCAAUUCAAUCAGUUUUGUUAUAUCAAUGACAAAAGUUGUUAUUGAUUCAUUCACAACAAUGUUCAGUUUUGUUGUAUCUAUGAGAAAUAUUAUGGA